AUGUUGUGUCAGGACAGUGAGGCGGACACGCUGGGGGCCACCAAGACGCCCACGGCGCAGUGGUUGAAGAAGGCGCAAGGCUAUAGCUGUCACGACCCUCGCGACUUCGAUUUGGUGCUGAUGACCUCCACUCUCUGCGUGCCGCAAAGCUUGCAGCAGGAGGUGCGCGAACGGAUCCGGCGCAUCCGCUGGAGCGGCCCUCCGCGGGGGGGCACCUUGGCAGACGGUGGAAGUGGCAGAUCUUGGUCGCUGGAAUUGGCACACGAGUCGGUGCCGCAGGAGAUGUCCCAACUGACAGCUGCCAGACGCGGAACGCCCGCGGGAAGUGUGCAGGAUUUACAUCGUAAGCAUUUGCUGGCGUUGAUUUUACGUCAAGAUGAGCGGUCCUCGGACUACGUGCCUCGAAGCUACCUGCUGCCACCAACACAGGGACCUUACAGCUCCGAAUGGGACAGCUUUCGGCGAGACUUUGAGUUGUCAUCAUCCUUGGCAAGGCUGGCGGAUGCCGUGAAGGUUGGGGAGCAGCGCGAAGUUGAGGUUCUUUUGCCUCGCUGCCAGCAGUUGUGUGCCAGCAUCGACACAGCCCUGGAUCUCGGGGCCGACGCAAAGGACGCAAUGCUCGAAGCGGAGCUGUUGCUGCACAGGGUGGAAAAACUGCCCUGGCUGCAGAUGAAGAUCAAUGAAAAGAAUUGGUGGCUUUUAAAGCCAGUGGAUGGUGCUGUCGGAAAAGGUAUCGUUCUCUUUGGUGGUUUGGGUGUUGAGAAGCCUUUGGAGGUAUCAACUGAGAUGUUCAAAGGCCGUGGCACGGAUGGUUUCAUCCUGCAGAAAUACGUGGAGAAGCCCCACCUCCUCGACGUCUGGAAGCUGCUGAAGGUUGAGCAAGGCAACGAGCUAGCUGACAUGGAGCUGGUAGACGUGCUGUUCAAAUACAACCUGCGGCAUUGGGUUCUGAUCCGAUGGGCGGGUGCAGACCCACCAGUGUGGUUGUAUGAGAAGGGUUACAUUGAGCUAUGCUUCCACCCUUUCUCUGCCACUUUGGAGAGCGGAUCCCACAUCGCCAAUCUGGCGCCUGAACCCGGACGAUCCCCAGCAUCGCCAGCACUGCCCAAACGGAUGUGGUCCAGCGACGUUUUGGCGCGCUAUUUGGAAGCGACCACUGGAUCAGAUGUGUGGAGCACCCAGAUUCUGCCCCAACUUCACCGCGUGGUCGCCGACACUGUGGCUGCGGCUUGUCCCUUGCGCACCUUCGGCGCACAGGAGCCGGCUGAGCGCCAGCCUUGGCGGCGCUUUGGCUUUGAUUUCACCCUGGAUGAAGACCUUCAGGUCUGGCUGAUUGAAGUGAAUCACAAACCUGGAAUGAAGUCACCCAAGGGCUGGACAGGUGAAGCCAAACGGCGUCUAUUGGCAGACUUUUACGGCGACGAGCGAGACCUGUGUGGUGUAUCGCUGGAAGAGAAGAGGGACAACUGCGUCCAACCCAUUGGCUCCUUUCGGAGGGUUAGGUUGCCAGCGGCCAAAAUGGAGUGCUACAGAGGGUAUGGAUUGAAGCCGCCAAGCAGUAAAUCACAGGAGUUCAAGAGGGAUGACCCUUACAAUGCGAACCACCUCACCGCAACAGCUACUGCACCUGUUGGGGUGGAAUUGAACGUUGCUUGCAGCGAGUUUGGCUCACUUUAUCUCAGAAAGACCAGCUAG